GUGCCUCGGGGCCGCCUGGGCUACUGCCGAGGGCGAGCGUCCCUUCUCAACUCGGGCCUCUUCGCCUUCGACGUGUCGCUAGAGCACUGGAGAGGCAUCACCCAAAUGCUGCACAACAGCUGGUUCGCCUGGGAUGGCUCCAAGAAAGUCACGGAAAGCCACGGCUGGAACGGCACGGGCAUUCCGGAUGUGUCGAUGGCUACCCACUGGGACAAGACCCAGGGAGGUCUGUACACGUACUUCGUGCAGCUACAGAAGGUGGGACAUGAGCUUGCCCAGGACUUGGUCUACCCCUCUCACCCACACCAGCCGCUGAACCAGCAGAUCUUCACCCACUUCUCAGGGAAGAGCAAGCCAUGUCAGGUGAACUUCAAAGGUGAACUGAGUGACAGCGAGUUAGCAGUUUACCUGCCUUCACAGACACUUUGGCGCAAUUUCUUCUUCAACCUCGGCCUCGCGCCAUCCUCCAUCCAGAAGUGCUCUCCGAUCCUGAUCGACCUGGGCGCCAACUGCGGCAAUACGCUGCCCUUCCUGUACAAAACAAG